UCUUUAUUCUUUAAGAUUUAACCUGUUUCAUUGACUUCCAGAUAUUGAACCUUUUCAGCAGUACACUGUCUGGGUUUAUCCUGUUUAUGAAAAUCAAGUUGGGUCCCCAGUACAGGUUAAUGCUUAUUCCAGACAAGGAGUUCCAGAAAUUGCCCCCAAACUUACACUAAUAAGUGUCACAAAGUCAUCAGCCCAGCUGUCCUGGGAACCAGUCCCCUUGGAGAGACGCCAUGGAUUUAUAACAAACUACACCGUCUUCUGGACUGACAGUGAUAGAAGAACACUUUAGUGAAGAAUAAGUUUUGGCAAGUUGUACCAGAUCCUGCAAACAGCAGCAUGGGGAAAUGGAGGCCAGUAUGUCAUGAGCUAGGAGAUAUUUUUGUGUUGGAGCCAUGGAGAUGUCAUCAUAUUAUACCAAACUACUUGGGGAAUUAAAUGAACAGAGGAAGAGGGAUUUCUUCUGUGACUGCAGCAUAAUUGUAGAGGGCCGAAUUUUCAAAGCCCACAGGAAUGUUUUGUUUGCGAACAGUGGUUAUUUUCGAGCCAUGCUAGUUCACUAUAUUCAGGACAGCGGGAGACACAGCACAGCCUCUCUGGAUAUUGUCACAUCAGAGGCAUUCUCUACCAUCCUGGACUUUCUUUAUUCAGGCAAGCUGAACGUGUGUGGAGAAAAUGUAAUUGAAGUUAUGAGUGCGGCUAGUUAUCUGCAGAUGACAGAUGUGGUCAACUUCUGUAAAGCCUAUAUCCACUCUUCAUUAGACAUAUGCCGGAAGAUUGAGAAGGAAAGUUCCUUUGGACAGGCAGACAGUGGCAGCGAUGGCAUAAAUAGUGGAAGAGAAGCAGAGCUGGGGGCCUCACCUGAGAAAGAAAAUGACAGUGACUGCCAGAAAGAUCCACCCGGUGGCGACUGCAGUAGUUGCAACUCUAUAGAGCUGAUGGUAAAACAUCACCCAACCGACGGCUCCAAUGAAAGUAAAAGUUCCAACAAAGCAGUAGAACCAAAAGAGGAAUUUGACUCUGAUGUUGUGGAGGUGUCAGAGGGUGUACAAACCUACCAUAUUCCUACAGGACUGGAACAGGGAGAGGAAGGUCUGCAUUCAGCAUCUGGGGUUGAUAUAGCAUGCAAUAACUAUCACAUGAAGCAAUUUCUUGAGGCUCUUUUGAGAAAUAGUUCUUCCCAGAGGAAGGAUGAUGCAGUGCAUCAUUUUCCACGGGACUUUGAAUCUCGUCAAGAAGAUACUGGUGUCCCAAUGAGCUCUAUGAUGGAUAUUCAAGGUGACUGGUUUGGGGAAGACACAGGGGAUGUCCUAGUUGUUCCUAUCAAGCUGCACAAGUGUCCAUUCUGUCCAUACACAGCCAAGCAGAAAGGGAUCCUGAAACGCCACAUCCGUUCUCACACUGGUGAGCGGCCUUAUCCCUGUGACGUUUGUCGGAAAAGAUUUACCCGACAGGAGCACCUGAGAAGCCAUGCACUGACUUGCAACGUGAACCAAAGACUGACCAUACUCCCAAAGCGAACAACCAACCAGCAAAGAAGUCAGCUCCUCCCCCUCCAGUGCCAAACAAGGUCAAACAUAAUGCUGCUAGUCCUUCCAACAAACCCAGCACUGAAACAAGAGAAGAGUUGAAGCAAAAUUCCAAGGGGUCAAAUACUUUAGAUGGACUCAGGGUGUCCUCCAUGAAGCUGGCACAUCCUACUGUAGACAGACCAAAAAUGAUGGGCAAAAGACUUCCUAAGGGAAAGGUGACAUCUUCUGAAAAGCCUAUAGCAGAAUCAGAUGAUAAAAAGGAUGAAGAGAAGGUGAAUUCUCACAGCAAAGUAUCCUCAUCUGCAAAUGUAUAUUUAGACAUCAGGUCCUAUUGACACCUUACUUUCCUUAUUGAGGAAGGGGCAGAUUUAAUUGCUAGAUUUUUAAAUUAAAAUAAAUAAUAUUUUAAAUCAUAAAGAAGGGGUACAAUAAGGAUAUGACAAGUUACUACAUGCUGAUAGAAAACUAGAUACUGUUUAUGGGCAAAUUAAUUAGAAUUCAAGAUUUUGAUUUCAUCAAAUUUAAGAAAAUUCUGGCAAGCCAUAGGUAAUCAAUUUAAGAUGGCCAACCACAUUGUAUACUAUAUUACACCAAAGAAAGCAUCCCAAUAAAAGUUUAAUCAAAAGGACAACCAAUUGGGAAUAUAGAAACCCUUUAGUAAGCCAAAUUGUUAGUAAAAUGUAUAAACUAUAAAAUAAAAAAAUGGAAUAUUCGAAUUCUUGAUGAAUCAGAAAGGAUUGACCGGAAUAGAGAUUCAUUUAAAUUAGUUGGCCAUCUUAAAUAUAGCGAAAUAUAUUGACAACAAUGACAUUGCCAAAUAUCAUCACUGGUCUUCUCUUUGGCUCCUGGUCAGAGUACAUGUGCAGUAAAAUGAAAAGCUGGCUUUUUGCUUCUAAAUUCAGCUUUAACUUCAGCGCUACUGCUCAUGCACAUACCAAAAUGAUAAGGAAUCACCGGCCUGGGGUAUCAGGUAUCGAUUUGGUACCACUAAGAUACCUUUACUUCUCCUUUCAUACGGAAGACAUAUACUUAGCAGCAUUUGCACUAAAUGUCACAAUGUCCUUUAACAUAUUGAUGAGGACGAGUUUAGGAGUGCAAGGAUUAUUUGUUCUUUGUUCUCUGUAUACACUUUUUCAUAAAUCCUGGCCUCAAGAACCCACUGCCCUGCUGUCCCUAAAUACAUCUUCCACUUAUGCCAUCAGUUUUUUUGUUAUAGUAGAUUUCUGUAGCCUUUUAAAUUUUAUUCAGAGUAUAGCAAUUUAAAUUAGCAAACAGCAUUAAAAAAAACAAGUAAUAGGGGGCGUGGCCAAGCUGACUACCUGAAUGGCAGCAUGAUCUGCGAGCUCCGUCCACCCGCUCCAUAAGCAACCAGAACAUAAGCACAAUAAACGGAUUUACAGCUCCGAUACCGAGAGGAUACUGAUCAGUAAUUGUCAGAUGGCUCCUAAACUGAGAGCUACCCAUAAACCAGGCGAAGUGGCCGAUUUCUUUAAACGUAAGGACCAGGCCUCAAGCAGCCAAGAUGGCGACGAGGCAGCUGCGUCUGAACCCUCGUUGGAUGCGACUGACCAGGUUAGCAAACAAGACCUGAAGGACUUAUACGAUAACUUAGCAAAGCUCAUAACAGUCUCGCAACAAAGAACGGUAAAGGAAAUUACCGCAGAAGUGACGGCCCUCGGGGAGCGAGUUACUGCCCACGAAGAAGCCAUUGAAGGGCUCCGUGCUUACUGCGCUCAAACUGAGGCGGAUAUCUCAGAUAUAAAGAGACAUUUGUUUGCUUUGCAAGACCAGCAGGAAGACCUUGAGAAUCGUUCAAGGCGCAACAACCUGCGCAUUAAAAACCUGCCUGAAAGCUAUACGGACCUGUAACCAACCGUCAUGAAACUCUUUCAGAACAUUUUACCGGACAUUGAGCCUGCUCAGCUCGAGAUUGACCGGAUCCAUCGCACAUUACGAGGCAAACCCAGGGAUGGUGAUCCACCCAGAGAUGUCGUAUUGAGACUGCAUUUUUUCAAAACGAAAGAAUUGCUACUGCGUGGCACUUAUAAUAAGGAAACCAAGCUCGAUGACGACACAGUCGUCCAACUCUAUGCUGACAUAUCUCCAACCACACUCAAACGACGGAGAGAGCUUGAACCCUUAACGGAACUAUUAAACCAACACCAAGUGAGAUACCGCUGGGGUUUUCCGUUCAAACUGCUGGUCAAUCACAACGGGAGAACCAUCGCAAUUUCCAACUUGCGAGAACAGAAUAGAUUAUUGACAGCUCUUGGAAUCCCGCCGGCAGAGGAUAAUGAAUCGACCAGCUCCAAAUGGAUAUCCCCGCCGACCUCGACAUGGGCAUCCACCAAGCCACAUCGCGCCUCUAGGCCUCCGGAUGAACCACCUACCCAAGCAGCACAAAGGCCAAAACAGAGCUGAAGCCUUUAUUUCCUCUUCCCUUCGGCCAACUGUUAAUCCGUGACUGACUCUACAGCUGGUGUUCGGGCGCAUACCCUCCUAUGCACGAUACCUACCUGGAAGGUUAUAGUGGGAAGGUGCCCGCUCCGAUUAGGGAAACAGAAAAUGUUCCCUUACUUGUUACACUGUUUGGCUUGUGGGCGCAGCCAUUCACAAGCACAUAUUUUGUUUGUUUAUGUUUAAUGCAUUGCGCAGUUAUCAUGUUGUCACCGUGUCACGAAUUGUUUGAAGCGCUUCCUGGUUCCCCUCUAACACAGCCUACCCAAAUUGAUAACCUCCAUGGAUCUGACACUAAUAUCCCAUAAUGUUAAGGGUCUCAAUAACCCCCGUAAAAGACGACUAGCAGCGGAUUAUUACAAAAAAUUGGGCGGUGAUGUAAUAUAUAUGCAGGAGACCCAUUUUAUCAAGGGAAAGAACCCAAACACUGGGCAGGAGGCUUCACCAAAAGCUACUAUGCUUCAGAUCAAGUUUAAAAAAGAGGGGUGGCGAUCCUCAUUAAAAAGAAUACUCCCUUCGUUGAGAAGAAAGUGAUUCGAGAUCCCAGGGGGUGCUUCUUGAUAGUUGAAUGUGUUUUGAAUAAUAGAGAAACGACUCUAGUGUCGGUUUACGCUCCUAGUGUCAAACAAAAACUGUUCUAUGAUGAUCUAGAGAUGAGAUUAGCUACAAACGCAUAAGACUAUAUCUUAAUUGGGGGAGACUUCAAUACUACGCCGCAGGCUGGCCUUGAUAGAUCGGGCAACCAUAACCUCUCCCAAGCGUUCCCACCCACUAGAACACUUACCACCUUUAUGGCCAAUUUGUCACUGUGGGAUGUAUGGUGAAUCCAACAUCCAGACAACAGGUCCUAUACCUUCUAUUCUAAUGCCCACAAAACCUACUCUCGCAUAGAUUUCUGGCUAACUAACCCUAAGACUCUACCCUUUAUAAAACAUACAGAUAUAACAUAAAUCUCUUGGUCUGAUCACGCAGCAAUUCUUCAUACAUUAACGGAUUGGGGCACCAUCAACACAAACAAGAAAUGGCGGCUUAAUGAAUCGCUACUAGCUGCAGAGAGUAUUACCCAGGAAUUAGCGGAUGAAACUAAACAUUACUUUACACAAAAUACCACAGAAGAAGUUAGUAUAGCAACCACAUGGGUAGCUUAUAAAGCUGUAAUACGUGGUCACCUUAUCAAACUAGCAUCCCAAAAGAAAAAGUCUAGACAACAGAAAAUACUACAGCUGACAAAUAAAAUAAGGCAACUAGAGAAGGAACAUAGCCAUAGUGGCGAUGGUACAAUAGAACAAGCCCUCAUACAAUGCAGAGGUGAACUCAAUGUGAUUUUGUAUGAACAAGCUGAUCAGGCCAUAAGAUAUACAAAUAAUAAAUUCUAUGAUAAGGCUAAUAAAGCUGAUACGCUGCUGGCACGUAAACUUAAUCCCAGAGCUCAUGCCCAAACCCUACAUCCACUCAAAGAACACAAUGGGUCGCUGACGUAUGACUCGAAGCAUAUAGUGCAACUAUUCCAAAAUUAUUACUCAGAAUUAUAUUCAGGGCAUACCACUGAUCAAGCCACUAAUACUCUACCCGAAUCACCUCCUUCCUAGAUAAAUUAGAUAUCCCACAACUUCACGCAAAUGAGAAAGAUGUGUUAAACAGCCCGAUCACUAUUGAGGAAACAGAGGAGGCAAUAAAGUCUUUAAAUGCAGGUAAAGCUCCGGGGCCUGACGGCUUCUCCGCGCAAUUCUAUAAAAAACUAGCCAAAAAUAUAUCCCAACACCUAACGAACUUUUACAAUGCUGUCCUAGAUGGUAAAGCUUCAUUCCCUGCUGAAAUGCUCCAAGCCAAUAUAGUUGUGAUCCCUAAGCCGGACAGAGACCUGACAAAUGUAGGUAAUUACAGGCCAAUUUCACUGAUAAAUACAGACGUUAAAUUACUGGCCAAGAUUUUGGCCAACAGACUGAAUACAGUAAUAGGUAGACUAAUACAUCCUGAUCAAACUGGUUUCAUACCGGGUAGGCAGUCCACGGACAACGUCAGGAGAAUAUUGGACAUCCUGGCCUUCACUAAAGCGAAGAAGGUGCCGUCGGUCACUCUGUCAUAAGACGCUGAAAAAGCUUUUGACAGGGUCGACUGGCGGUACCUUCAAUGUGUACUUAUAAAAUUUGGCCUCCCACUUAAAUUUCUCAAUGCGGUAACGAACCUGUAUUCCAAACCUUCGGCCAAGGUGUGUAACCUAGGUAUUUCCUCAGACGAUUUUCCCAUACUCAACGGCACCCGCCAAGGAUGCCCGCUUUCGCCACUACUCUUUAACCUUUGCAUAGAGCCUUUAGCUAUACUUAUCAGAUCAGACCCCUCAAUACAAGGGAUUGAUGUAGGUCGGGGAACUUACCAAGUCGCUUUAUUUGCUGAUGAUACUGUUUUCACCCUCUCACGCCCUUUCACAUCGCUCUCGAAUCUAUUCCAAUGCAUUACGACCUUUUUGCACAGUCUCAGGCUUUCGUAUAAAUCAAUCUAAGACAGUAGCUACACCACAUAACCUAUCAAACGCCUCUCUCAAGCUUCUCAAAUUGAACUUUAACUUCAAAUGGAUAGAAAAAGGUAUGAAGUAUCUGGGGGUCAAAUUGGCAGACGAUCCCAACACACUCCACCAUCUCAACUUCACGCCAAUGUAUGCCUACUUGAAAAACCUCAUGCAUAAAUGGAUGUCUUAUCCAAUAUCCCUAUUGGGUAGGGUCAAUGCUAUCAAAAUGGUAAUACUACCGAAACUAUUAUACCUGUUUAGGGGUUUGCCCAUUACAAUACCAGAGAAAGAAAUAAAAGCCUUUCAAUCUCAUAUAACAUCUUUUAUAUGGCAAAACAAGAGAGCUAGAAUCUCCACAGCUAUAUUGGCUAGGUCUAAAGGCAGGGGCGGAUGGGGACUGCCGGACAUUAAAAGAUACUAUCUGGCAGCCAGAUUAGCGCAGUUGGUCCAAUGGAACUCUGCUAUAGAGACUCAUAGAUGGGUUGAAAUUGAGCAUUAUCUUACUUAUCCUAUCGGGGUCCAAGGGCUACCUUGACCAUCACACUCAGACUACUUAUCUCCUUACAUAUAUCAUACGUUAUUAUUUUGGGAUUCUUGCCGUUUAAGAUACAAUCUUCAAAGCUCACCAGGCUUGAUUGUCCCAAUUCAUAAUAAUCCAGAUUUUGCCCCGGGCCUGGUGACCCUAGGCUACAAACGCUGGGCUACUAAAGGGCUAUGGUCCUUACAUCAAUUUAUUCAAUGGGACAAACUACUUCCAUGGAGCACCUUUAAGGAUAAAUUUAGUAUGACAGCAGGACCAGUUCCAAUAUUUGCAAAUAUCUCAUUUCAUCUCUACUCGAUUUCCUAUAGCGCCUAUAGCUAAACUGACUAGGUUUGAAUGUUUAUAUUGUAACUUGUCUUUUCGUAAAGCUUUAAUUUCAGAACUUUAUAGACUGAUAUGGCAUGAUAGGCCACCAGCGAAAACUAAACACCAAAUACGGUGGGAGACGCACAUAGGCGAAAGCCUAUCAGAAGAGCAAUGGACAGACAUAUUCAUCGACAUGGCGAAGAUUUCUCUGAAUGUUCUCAUAAAGGAAAAACCAUACAAAAUAUUGUAUGAUUGGUACGUGUCACCCACUUUGCUCCACAAAUGGGACUCUACUAAACCCAAGACGUGUUUUAGAGGUUGUGGUCAGGAAGCUGAUAACUGGCACAAUUGGUGGACUUGCCCAAUAGUUCAACAAAUAUGGACUGAUACGUUCAACAUAAUUUCCUCGAUUCUCCAAACUCAUGUUGCUCCAGACCCAUGGGCGGCGCUAUUUGGCAGACGCUUUCAGCUCUCCAGAAAUCGCAAUAAAUUAGCUACACAAAUCUGCUCCGCCACAAGAUGUGUUUUAGCUUCAAUGUGGAAGGGCUCUGGCCCUCAUCGAUCAGCGCUGGAAAGGAAAAUAUGGUGGAUUGCAGCUAAAGAAAAAAUUACAUACCUGCUGAAAGAUAAGCUGGACAAAUAUGAUCUAAUAUGGAAUCCCUGGAUUACUAAAGAUGACCCCAUCUAGUCUGUUUAUACCCCACUGAAUGUGAUAUAACUCUAUACUCAUGUAGGAAACUUGACUUGAUGACACAGUGACAACAGAAAAUGUAUGCAAAAUGUAUGUUUUUUUUUUUUUAUUCUAUUUUCUUUUCCUUACUUUUAUAUUAUUUUAUUGUAUGUUGUGAUACAGAUUUGCAAAUUACAACUAUUCAUUGGCAUUUUGUAUAAGAUGUUAAACCUGAAUAAACACAAAGUUGAAAAAAAAACAAAACAAGUAAUAAAGCAGAUAACUUGGCAGGUCUUACUGUUAUUUUGUGAUUAAUAUAAUUGUUGCUUUGACAAGGUAUAACAGUAUAUGAGAGUUCUUGCUAUGCAUUGUUUGUUUUGUUUAUUACUUACUACAGUUUAGGUUUUGGGUCUAAACUAGGGCCAGGUCAAGCCAACCGGCUACCCUAGGCAAACCAGCUGGCCACCACACUCCCCCCCCAUUAGUGUUGCCACCAGGCUGGUAAAACACCUGCCAAGGUCGGGCCAGUAUUACAAAUUUACCGGCAAUGUAGCUGCUGGUAGGUAAAUUUGUAAUACCCUUAAAAAGACCCCUCGGCCUGACCCCAAUCUCCUGUAAAAACGUAGCUUUUGUGACUUUGUCCCCGUCUUGAAAUGUCGGCGCUGUGGCCAUGCCCCUUUUACGGCAUGGCACCGCCCCUUUUGACAUCAUGCCUGCCCCUUUUUGUUCCUGCCCCCCACCAGGCCGGUAAAACAUUUUGGAAAAGGUGGCAACCCUACCCCCCAUGUGCACACACAAAGAAAUGUGCUGUAACAGCAAAGAACUGACAGGGGGAAGGGAAGAAACUGAUAGAGGGAGGAGGAGAGACUGAUAGAGGGGAUGUAGGAGAGAGUGACAGAGGGGAGGGAAUAGCAACAGAGGGGAGGGAGGGGAGCGAACAUGGACUAGGGUAGGCAGAAGACCUAUUAACAGAUACCUGCCCAGGACCCCCCAUCGUUACGCCCUAGGCAGAUGCCUCUUCUACCUAACCCUAGUUCCAACCCUGUUCUAAGCAAUACCUAUUCAUGAUGACAGUAAAAAAAGUAAUUUGUGUUCCCUUUUAUUAACAGAAUCCAAGGAUCCCCACUACCCCUAGCCCUGCACCCUCACCAACUAAGACAAGCCCUCUGUCUCCCUUAGCUGCCUCAACUGAGAAGCAAAGCCAGAAGACUGCUGGAAAUCACAUCUCCUUUGUGGAUAAUUCAAAAGUAGAAGACCUUGCAGCAGAGAUUGCAUCACUCAAGUUCAUGAUGGAUAUCUUGAGAAACAAACAUUUGUAUGUUUUUAUUUAGGGUGUGGUACUGCUAAGUCAUAUUUUUAUUAGGGGAUGUGUCAAAUCCUGGAUUCAGUACUUGAUGCUCCAAAUCCUGAAUUGGUUCAGGAUUCAGCUGAAUCCAACAGAUUGACUGAACUAAAUCUGAACCCUUAAAAUCACAUGAGGGAUUGAAACAUUUUUUUCUGUACUUCUCUACCCACAAUGCAACACGUAAAACACCGACAGCCUGCAGGCACAAUGCAAAAGGAAGGAAGUCCUAUACUUGAAAGUACUGCUCAUGAAUAAGGGGGCUCUAAAAAUAGAGCUACAAUUUUCAGUUGCACCUUGCAACUCAAGUUCCAAAGUAGCCACAAUCUACAAACUGAUAAUAUAUAAGUAUAGCAUGGCCAGAGUGUAUAACAUUUUCAUACAAUGCUUAAUCCAUUUUGUACCUAGUUUAGAGUUUAGAGGAAAAAAUGGUUAUGAAUUAAGCCUGUCUGUGCUGUGCUAAUACAUCAGACAGAUUGUUGACUGCAUCUUAUGAUUUUGUUUAUGCAGAAAAGAUAUGGAAGAUAUUAGAUCAGAGAUGAAUGAAGAGAGAGCCAAGCGAAUAGCAAUCCAGAUGGAGGUUGAGCACCUGAAGAAUCUGUCUUCGGCAUAAAUCAUUGAUGGUUUCAAAAUGUUCCUGUCCCCUGAGCAUAUAUAUCUCCUGGACACUCGUCCACUAUCAAUAAGGAUCCAGAUUUGGAAGGAAAAUGUGCCCAGUGGUGAUUCAAUGUACAGAACUACCCAGUUUUAUAUUGAGAUUUUAUUUAUGUUCUGAAGAAACACAGAAGAUGAGUCUUUAACCAAAGUGGCUGCCUCUUCUGGAUUCUUCCUAAAGUUUUAAUCUUCUCAUAAGCCUCAUUAUUCCCAAUCUUUACCUGCUUGGACAUCUUCUGCACUUCAUCAUUUUUUAGAACACAUUUUUUGUGUGUCUUGAAUUAAGAUUUUCAUUUAUAUGUACUUGCUGAACAGAACAUGUUCAUGUCUGCUCUCAUAUAUAUUUUGGUUCCUAUAUCAGGACUGCAUAUGUUGCACAAUGGGCCUUCAAAACCUCAAUUGAAGGGAUAGUGAAUCAGGUUUUAGCAUAAUUGAAUUCUUCAUCAAAAUAUGCCUAUAUGCACUUUAGACCAUUUUCCUCAAUGCAACCUCUUUAUAUGUAAACUGGACAUAAGUAAUUUCUCCUUUAAGAGCGUGGCGGACUUCAAAACAUUCUUAUGGUCCCUUGGGGCUUGUCAAUCAGAGCUGCAAGGCCGGAAGUUAAAUGCUUGACUGACAGGAAAAAUCCGGCACAAUUAAAUGGUGUUGUGCUUAUACUAUACUACUACACACAGGGUCAGGGUUUACAGCCACCGUAUCACAGUGCCGCUGCUUUCUUUCAUGUUCAGGUAUGUGAUUAUACAAUAACAAAACUCUGCACCUCCACCACACUGCAAAACUCCUCUUUUGCUCUGUGCUGCUCGUUUUUUUUAAUGGUGCUUUUAACUUAUUCUGACUUAUGUGUGGCCCUUGUCUGCCUGCAUUCCCUACACAGACAGAAUGAUCAGUGCCAGGACUGCUUGCAAGAUUAACCUUUUAACCCCCAGAGCUGGAGUAGAUCGUUAGUGCAGGAAAAGUCAAUCAGGCAGUAACACAAAUAUAUAACCUAGUAAAAGGGAAUGAGUUAAAAGCACCUUCUGAAAAAAACCCCAAACCUGAGCAGUGUGGGAGAGAAGAUUUCAGAAAGAUGAAGCUUUUAUUUUUUGCAGGAGUGGGUGUGAGAUAAGAGAGGCUGAACGCAGUAGUACUCGCCCCCUACAGGAAGUAGUAUCCUUCUCCAUAUGAGGAGUGUUUUUUCUUUUUCAAAACAAUUUAUUUACUAAUUUGUGGGUUUACAUCAGUAAUUUUAUGAUUUUUAGUUUUUUAUUGCGAUUUUAGUUAUUAUUUCCAUCAAAGUAGAGAUGUAAGCACAAAGUUAGAGGUGUCACUAUCACUUUAAAUAACAGCCCAUCAACUUUCUUCCCAGAACUGAAUCUACAAGCAUGAUGUACUAAGUCCUAAGGACAUUAUUUGCUAAUGUUUAUAACCAGCAUAGAUAACCUGAGAAACUUUACAUCUUGAAUAAAUGUAUAGACCUGUAUGUACCAUCACUGCCCCUUUUGCACAGCUUAGAGCAAGGUAAAGUUAGAAUUAUAAGAAAUUGCUUAUAUUUUUUUAUAUACUUGUUAUACUUGGAACCAGUUCAGUGCCAAACCUCUUCUGGCCUUAAAAAAGACAUAUGGGAAUGUCAGUUAUUUUAGUCAGGUUGAGUUAUCUGUUAAUAUCUGUCUUUUUCUGUUAUACAAUGUUUGUUAAUAAAUUUACAUAUAUUUAUUCUUA